AACAUAUUAUGGAGCAAAUCAGAAAGACAAAUCAAGUCCCUUAAUGUCUUCUUUUACUUCCUCUCAUCCACUGCGAUUGGUGCCGCUAUGGAGCCACCACGGCCUAGCAUCAGCAAGCACUUUGUGCUGGUUCAUGGAUCAUGCCUUGGAGCCUGGUCCUGGUACAAGCUCCUGCCUCUGCUCAAAUCUUCCGGCCACAACGUCACUGCACUAGACUUAGCCGCUUCUGGUGUCAACCCAGUGCAGCUGAGCGAUCUCCGAUCCAUUUCUGACUUCUUUAGACCCUUGAGGAACUUCAUGGAAACUCUUCCUCCUCAUGAAAGAGUCAUCCUUGUCGGUCAUAGCCUUGGUGGGUUAGCAAUUUCUCAAGCCAUGGAGUCUUUUCCGAGUAGGAUUUCUGUUGCUGUUUUUCUCACUGCCUUAAUGCCAGGCCCAACACUCAACAUUUCCACACUCAAUCAAGAGUCGUUUAGCAGACAAGAUACUCUAUUGGACAGUCGUUUUUCAUAUGACAAAGGCCAAGACAAGCCUCCAACAAGUUUCAUUUUCGGUCCCUUGUACUUAGCAUCCAAUGUGUUCCAGCUCAGCCCAACUGAGGAUUUGGCACUGGCAACAAUGCUGUUGAGACCAUUACCUCUGUUUAGUGAUGAAGACCUUUCUAUGGAGCUGAUGCUUUCCACUGGAAAAUACGGCUCGGUAAAUCGGGUUUACAUCAUGUCCGAAAAAGAUAAGGUUGGGAAGAGGGACUUUCAAUGGUGGAUGAUCGAGAGAAAUCCACCCAACUGUGUGGUGGAGAUAACAGGAUCUGAUCACAUGGUCAUGAUGUCCAAGCCUAAACAGCUUUGGGCUCGUCUCCAAGAAAUUGCUGAAAAAUAUUCCUAAAUCGCUUUUUGAUGUAUGGGACUGUUUACUGUUAACAUAUUACCGUCAAAAGAUGUAUAGUUAUCGUGUAUUAUUUGAAACUUUUUCCUCUAAAUCUAUUAAUUGUCUGAUAAUUCUCUAAUCA